AUGGCAUCUCAGGCAUUCAGUGCCGACUCUUUCACCUCUCUGGUAGGAGAUUCACCCCUGCCCAUCUUCAUGCACCACACCUCUGCCAGUGACUGCCUCCCAGCCACAUCGCAUGCUCACAGCAUGGUUUCUGCAGUGUCGUCUGGGCUUUCCCUUGGUCAGCCCCUCAAGCGCUCACAGAUGAAUUUAUCCACCUCCUCCCUGGGCAACGCUCUCGGCAAUGGCCCCCCCAGCCUACAUUACCCAGUCACCCCCUGUCACUACAGCAACCAACAGGCCACCUAUGGCAUUAUGGCAGCUCAGGAGAUGCUCUCUGCCAGUAUUUCUCAGACUCGUAUCCUGCAGACAUGUGGUGUUCCUCACCCUAACAUGGUGAGCGCUGCAAACCCAUUGCAAGGGUCUCUUACUCCUUGCUUGUACAAGUUCCCGGAUCCUGGUUUAAGCAGUAGUUCUUGUGCAUUAAGCCAUGGCUUUUCUUCGCUGCCUUCGGCUCUCCUCUUGACUGAUGAGGCUCCUGGGGGCCCCACUAUAGGAGACAUGAAAACUGACACCCAAAGGAAGAGCAUGCGGGAUCCAGAGGAUGCCCCUGCCAUGGACUCCCCACAGAUACGAGAGCUAGAAAUGUUCGCCAACGACUUCAAAAUACGGAGGAUCAAACUUGGGUACACCCAGACUAAUGUAGGCGAGGCUCUUGCUGCAGUGCAUGGCUCAGAAUUCAGCCAGACCACCAUCUGCCGCUUUGAAAAUCUGCAGCUGAGCUUUAAGAAUGCCUGCAAACUCAAGGCCAUUCUGGCUAAAUGGCUCGACGAAGCAGAGCUUGCUGGUGCCUUGUACAGUGAUAAAAUAGGAAUGAAUGAGAGGAAGAGGAAAAGGAGAACAACCAUCAGCCUGGGAGCUAAGGAAGCUCUAGAGCGCAGCUUUGUGGAAAAAAGUAAGCCAUCCUCUCAGGAGAUAGCCAGAAUUGCCAAAGGCCUCCAUCUGGAGAAGGAGGUAGUCAGAGUCUGGUUCUGCAACAGACGCCAAAGGGAGAAACGGGUCAAAACCAGCCUCAACCUCAGCUCCUGUCUGACCAAAAUUAGUUCAAACUGCAUAGCACAGAUGAGUAAAACACAAAGGUCAAUGACAUAA